CGUGCUGCGACCUGAGCGCGUGUGGGCGGGGUGCGCCCCUGAGCCGGGAUAAAUAGCGGCUGGCGCGGCUGACAGCCCGGCCCGGGGCGCGCGGGACCGGCGGCUGCGCUUCGCGGUAGCGCCGGAGAAAAAAAGUUGAGGCUCUCGGUGACUCCGCUCGGAAGCCCCGCUCCCGCCCCCCUAGCCCGGACCGAGGUUUUUGUUUCUUCGUCUCGAUUUUCCCGAGUGGGAGACGGAGGAAGAAGGGGAGGACCGGAGAGCCCGAGCCGCGCUUUCCCCCGCUCUCUCGGCGCGGCGCAGCGCAGGGGCGAUGCUGGAAGGCGCCGCGAGUUCGCAGCGUGCGUUCAGGGCAGCGGGAGGCGCGUGAGCUCCAGCAGCAGCCGCUGCCCCCUCCGCCCGCCCCGCGCGCCGCCGCCGGAGGAGGCUGCCCGCCCGCCCCAGCGGCCCAGGAUGCGGUUUCGCCUCUUCUCCUUUGCCUUGAUCAUCCUGAACUGUAUGGAUUACGGCCACUGCCAAGCCAGCCGCUGGAGACGCAGCAAGAGAGCUAGCUAUGGAUCAAAUCCAAUUUGCAAAGGCUGUUUGUCUUGUUCAAAGGAUAAUGGGUGCAUCAGAUGCCAGCAUAAGUUAUUCUUCUUCCUACGGAGAGAAGGAAUGAGACAGUACGGUGAAUGCCUGCAUUCCUGCCCAUCAGGGUACUAUGGACUCCGAACGCCAGAUAUGAACAGAUGUUCAAGAUGCAGAAUAGAAAACUGCGACUCCUGCUUCAGCAGAGACUUUUGCACCAAAUGCAAAGCUGGCUUCUACUCACACAGAGGCCGUUGUUUCAGAGGUUGCCCCCCUGGAUUUGCUGCCUUGGAAGAGCUCAUGGAGUGUGUGGAAGGCUGUGAAGUUGGUCAGUGGAGUGAAUGGGGAACUUGCAGCAGAAAUAAUAAAACAUGUGGAUUUAAGUGGGGCCUGGAAACAAGAACGAGGCAAAUCGUGAAGAAGCCAGCAAAAGACACGAUACCAUGCCCAACCAUCGCAGAAUCCAGACGGUGUAAAAUGGCCAUGAGGCAUUGUCCAGGAGCAGAAGAACUGGAUUUGGUAUCAGUUCUGUCAGUGCAGAAGAGAAGUGACACAUCUUGAGAAGAGAUGAAAAAACCUACAAGAUGAACAACUUUGGAGAAAGGAAGAAAAAAAAUGUAAAAAUCAGGGCUGAUUUCUCUAUCAAGUUUUAUUGUCUGGAAAUUUAGGUCACAGACUAAAGAUUUACUUUCUCGUGUUUAUUGGAUUUCAAGAUAGAGGUAGAUUUUCUUUAGUGUCAGGAAAUCUGUUGUCUAGUCUGCAUCAAGAUCUUUCUUCUUUUUUUCAAUGUGUAUCAGAAAAGUUGUUUCUGAAAAUACAAAUUCGGAGAGAAAGGCUGGUUUCCUUUAAAUGUAAAGACGAUAGUCCUCUCCUGUUGUCCCACCAUAUGGAAUUCCCUGCUUGUAUAUUUAGAGAUAAUAAAUAAAUAAAUAAAUAUGUACAAAACUGCAGGUUUGAACUCUCCACGCUGAAUGCUGUUGAUUACUACUGUACCCAAUGUCUUAUCUCCUGCUUUGUCAUAUGUUUCAGUUAUGAUUUUGUGCAUGGUUGGUCUAAGAUCAUGUUUAUCAUAUUUCAUUUAGUUAGCAGGCUGCCCUUUAAGUCAUUUAAAAUGCUUAGUUGCUUUCUCAGUCAUGGUGAUGUGCCAGGAGGCAGAGACACUGGUUAUGGGGAAACUCAAGUCAAGCAGAUUUUAGAUCUGCUUUUGUUAAAGAAGAGGUUCAGGGACUUGAAAAAAUGCAGCAUUUUUCCAGUGUUAGAAAUUUCAUAAUUCAAAUUUUUAACUGAGGAAAUCAGAGAAAAUGCAAGGUUAGUGGUACUCAAUGACUGAAGAACCAUAAUCCCUGGAAAUAUCUGUUGAGAAGCUACGUUAAAUCCUUUCAUCCUAACCUUCUCAGUAUAUAUACUCACAUAGAUUGUAAUGGAUUAAAUUGAGCACAGGAAGUAAGGAUGUUUUUGGUAGAACAGGGUCAAAUCAAGUGCUUUUGGCAUGUUUUCUAUUUUUGCACAUUUUACUGUUACUAUUUAUGAUACAUAGUACAGAAAAACUUCUGAAACAGAUUUUACAUUUGCGAAAGAAAUGGAGUUAAAUUCAGUUUUCCUAGUAAAUACUUCAGUUUCAUAUUUAUCAGGGAUUAAGAUGUUACCCAUCUGGCCAUAUGGCUGUAGUACAAAUCUUGUUGAUGAAGAAUUCUUUAUUGCUUUCCUAUUAUGUGCAGUGUUACAGAGAUGCAAGCUGGAAUGCAAGUGAAAGAUGAUUUCACUUCUUUCCUACUGAAGCCAGCAACAUGUAAGAGGAUACUCUCCUUGAUUUCAAAGUAGAUAUGUUACUUUGUAAUAUUUUCUUUUUGUCAGUACUAACUGAUUUAACUGUUAUUACCAGAUGGGACUGUCACAUUUGUAUAUCUGCUCAUAUUAUGUAUGCUACCCUGUGGCUUGGGUGUGACAUGACUCAUACUGAGAGAGGUUGGACUUAGAAAAAGAUGGCUUGGAUCAUUCAGGACACCUCCUACGUGUGUUGGUCUCUUUCUAAUCAGUCUUUAGCUCAAAAAGAAAGAAAAAGAUAAUUUUUUUUAAAGAGCAAUUCAGUUACAAGGAAUGGGAAAAUUACCAAGCAGAAGUAUGGGCAGACACAUGUUGUUAUCUUAAAGUUUUCUUAUACUUAGUACAAGUAUUCACUUUUUACCUCUCCUUUUACCAUGUUCCCCAAGUUCAGUACAGUAAAUUACUACUUUUGUUUGUACCCUUCAAGUACUUGCAGUACUCAUGUUUUGUGUUAAGUAUUACAAAGGCAAGCUAAACAUCUUUCUACUUUAAAUCUUCCAUUACACUGCAGAUCCUCAAGCUGUCUGAUUCACAAAUACUACUCUGCACAAAACUGUUAUUUCUAGUAAGAAUCACUAUGCUAUUCAAGAAUGUUUAUUUUGGACAUGAGGAUGAGAUGUAUCUCUGCACGAAUUUCCUAAUGCUGAAAGGAAGAAUGUCAUGAGGUGGGAGGGAGUUCUUUCCUCAGUACAGACAUAUAACUCAAUGGACUUUAUGCUGUUUGAUUGGGUUUUGAAAGCUUAUAUCUAGCUAUUGCUGCAAAAGAGUAGAAGACUUCUGGUGGAGCAAUGGCAAAAACACCCAAUCAGGACAUCUCCUUCUUUAAAACAACAUAUUUCCUCUGAGAGUGAAUGUGUUAAAAAUGGUGGCUUUAAAUCAACAACAUGCACUACAAAAGGUCAAAAAAGUCCUUGUCAUCCCUUCCUCCCCUGCCAAGGUUGAUGCUAAAUACAUUCAAUUUCUUUUGAAAUGAGUCAAAGGAAAUUUGGAUUUCUCUCUGAAUAUAAAGAACGUUUUAUUUAGAAGAGGCUAACAAGAAUUUUUUACUUGCACACCCAACUUAGUCAUAGAAUUUUUCAAUAAUACGGGUUGGAAAGAACCCAGAGAGGUCACAUAAUCCUACCUCCUGCUCAAGGAGAUGAUCACUUCCCUGAUGUCCUGUUAGUACAGUCAGUGCACUGUUUGUGUACUGUCAAUUUUAAGCAGGACACCUCAUGGCCUUCCCUUCAGCCAGUCAAUGCCCACCUUGUAUUUUUUCAAGGGCUGUUUCCUUCCCAUGUGCAGAACUCUGCACUUGUUUCUGCUGAAUUUCAUGAGGUUUCCUUUAGCUACAAUGAAUCUCUCUUUUAGAAGUGAGAAUUACAAAAGAGCUCAAAAUAAGUGCAGCACCAGAGUGAGUGAUCUCAGUGAUCAGAGAGAUUAUUAUGUUUGAGCUUUUUGACUGCAUCUACUUUAAAGCAUGCAGUCUUGAAAAGUUUGUAAGCCAGGAUGCACCUUUCUGUACUGCACUUGUAGUCAGUCUCAGUUCACAGUACCUACAAACACCAUCUGCCUUCUGAGAACCAAUACUAGGGCUAUUUCUAGAUGGGACUCCGUAAACAUCGCCACUGCAGUUUGUUUCCUUUUGGUCAUGUUAUAUUGCCACACGAGCAGUUUGCCUGAGUGGCAGAGACAGUUCUUGCUGUUCCUGGACCUCUCCUCUUCUUGAGGACAGUCAAGCACUGAGGUAGAUUUGUCCAGUAGACUGUGCAGUAACUAUCUUUUGAAGCUUCCAAGAUGUAACUGGACAAUGCCCUGAACGGUUUGGUCUGAAUUGUCUUGCCCCUACUGAGAGCAGGAAGCUGGACUGGAGACCAACCUGAAUGAAUCUAUGGCUGUGAAAGGCAGAACAUGCUGUGGUUUUGGACGGAAAGAACACUGUUCUUCCUGACUAGAUUUCAAAAUUUCUGAUCUCUCCUACUGCCAGUUAGAGAGAGGCUAGAUAGAGCGAAUGCUCAAAGGGAAAAAGAACAAACCAAGUCUUUCCCAUGUUUGCUAUAGUACUGAGAUCUCCUCAUUUGUGUCAUUUAAGUAUAACAUGCAGAGUGUGUCUAAUAUUUUGAAUAUAAUUGUAACUGUUUCGUGUAUUUUGAGUCUAGAUUUUAUCCAAAUGAAAGCUUAAUUGAAAGUUCUGAUUAUUAGUUUACCUAAUUAUUACUUGAUCUGUUCACUUGUCUGUCUUUGGGUAAAUGCCUCACACUUAUAAUUUCAAAAUCUUGAUUAGGGUCUAAAAGAUGUAACAUUUAAUGCGCUGUGGCAGUCUAAGAAAGCAGUGUAAAACUAGCAGAUUUACUACAGAGAUGUAGGCAUAGGACUUCAUGUUAGCUUAAGUGCUGCUUUGAUAUUUUUUUUCUAAAGGCUCUAUCAGUUGUCAAGAAUCUUGUUGAAGUUUUUAGUAAGUUGAAGGUUUCAUUUUAGUGUUAGUUAAAUCAUGACAUGAAUAUACGUGGCAUGUUGUAGGCUAAAGAAAAUGAUCCUAAAUAAAAAGAUCAUUUUCUAGGUUGAAGCACAGUCUGAAGCGGGAUGACAGCAAACAAAAACGUGGUUUGGCAAAAGUUGACAAGAUUUAUAAACAGUAAGAUCUUAUUGCUUUAUUUACUAUUGCAUGAGUCUUGAAGAAAUUGGAAUAUUAUUUAUCACUAUAGAAUCAUAGAAUGGCUUAGUUUGGGGAGGACCCUAAAGAAGCAUCUAUUUCCAACCCCUCUGCCAUGGGCUGGUUGCCACCCAC